AUGUCUGAAGAUGGGCGUGGAGGACAGUUACUUCUGCUCUCAGGACUGUUUCAAGAGGAGUUGGGUUCGUUAUACUCGUACAUGCAUUUCUCCUACUCAAUGUCUAACGAAAAUGGGAUGCAGAAGACACACAAGGGCAUGCACAAAACACAAAAUGCUCCCGGAUUUUACGAUCCCUUCCCAACAUUCCCAUACACCGGCUCUAUCAGACCUGUCUACCCACUCUCUCCACGACGACCUGUUCCCAAAACGAUCAGGCAUCCUGAUUGGGCCGAGACUGGCAUUCCCAAGCGUGAGCUGCGGUUGAAUAGGUCAAAAUGGGAUUUUUUAGACACCGAGGGCCAGGAGGCGAUGCGCAAGGUGUGCAGGCUAGCUCGAGAAGUACUUGAUAUCACAGCUACCGCGAUGAAGCCGGGCGUCACUACAGAUUACCUGGACGAAGUGUGCCACAAUGCUUGCGUCGAACGCGAUUCUUAUCCUUCGCCCUUGAACUAUAACCACUUUCCGAAAUCAUUAUGUACAUCUCCGAAUGAGGUCGUUUGCCACGGAAUCCCAGAUCAGCGAGUUCUUCUUGAUGGCGACAUUCUCAACCUCGACAUUUCUCUAUAUCACGGGGGAUACCACGCCGACUUAAAUGAGACGUAUUACGUUGGCGAUAAGGCUAAGGCGGAUCCGGACUCGGUCAGAGUUAUUGAAACAACGCGAGAAGCCUUGGACCUAGCGAUCGAACUCGUGAAACCGGGCGUACCGAUUCGAGAAUUCGGUAAGGUCAUUGAGAAGCACGCAGCCUCUAAAAACCUUGUCGUAGUUAAGACCUGGGGCGGCCAUGGAAUCAACUCCGAAUUCCACCCCCCUCCUUGGAUUCCCCAUUACGCCAAGAACAAGGCAGUAGGAGCGUGUAAACCUGGAAUGACGUUUACUAUUGAGCCCAUUCUGGCUCUGGGUGGUAAUCGAGAAGUGCAUUGGCCGGAUAAUUGGACAAACGUCACUGUGGACGGCAAACGGACGGCGCAGUUCGAACAUACUUUGCUUGUCACUGAAACAGGCGUCGAGGUUUUGACGGCGAGAUUGGAGAACUCUCCAGGAGGCCCAAUACCGAUGCCGGAGACUACAAACGGGGCUGAGAAGGCAGCGUCGAGCCCUGAUGGUGCGAAGGGUUACGUUCACUGCUACAAUGGCUCUCUUGUGUACCCAGGAACUCGUCAAAUUUAA